AUGGCAACACAAACCCUCGCCGCCUGGACAGUCUCUCUAUCCUACUCCGACCUCCCAGAAGAAGUAAUCCACGCCGCAGUACGAAGCUUCUACAACAUAGCCGGAUGUAUAGUAGGUGGAAGCAGACACACAGCAACAAUCACAGCACGCAACGCCCUGUCCCCCUUCUCAGGACCACCAACAUCCCACCUCCUCGGCACAAACACCUCCACCGACGCCAUGCACGCAGCUCUCUUCAACGGCAUCGCCUCACACGUCCACGACUACGACGACACACACCUAGACACAAUCAUCCAUCCAACAGGACCAGUAGCAUGUGCCCUCCUCGCCAUAAUCCCGACUCUCUCGCGCCCCGUUUCCGGGCCGGAGUUCAUAACCGCGCUGGUCGCUGGUAUCGAAGCAGAGUGUAAAAUCGGCCUGGCUGUCUGGCCGGCGCAUUAUGAUGUCGGUUGGCAUAUUACUUCGACGACGGGGUCGAUUGGCGCUGCUGUUGCUGUGGCGAAGUUGUUUGCGUUGGAGGUUGGACAGGUUGCUUAUGCGAUUGGUCUUGCUGCUACGCAGGUUACUGGGUUGCGGGAGAUGUUUGGGUCGCAUGCGAAGUCUUUUCAUCCUGGGCGGGCGGCGCAGAAUGGGUUGAUUGCUGCUUUGCUUGCGCGGGAGGGGUUUACGAGUUCGGUUGAGGCGCUUGAGGCGAAGAGGGGGUGGGCUAGUGUUGUUUGUUCUGGGGGGAAUAGGUUGGAGGAGGAGAUUGCGGGGCUUGGGAGUGGGAGGUGGGAGAUUGUGAGAAAUGCUUUUAAGCCGUUUCCUUGUGGGAUUGUGGUUCAUCCUGUUAUUGAUGGGUGUGUUUGGUUACAUGGGGAGUUGGAGAGGGUUGGGGUUGAUGUUGCGGAUGUUGAAGAGGUUGUUGCGGAUGUGCAUCCGCUUGUUCUGGAGUUGACAGGGAAGACGGCGCCGAGGGAUGGGUUGGAGGCUAAAUUUAGUGUGUAUCAUGGUGGUGCUGUUGGUUUGUUGUUAGGGAAGGCUGCGCCAGCGCAGUAUGAAGAUGAUGUUGUACUUGAUAAGCGGGUUGUGGCAUUGAGGGCUCGGUUCAUAGCAGUUGCUGAUGAGUGUUUGCGGGCUGAUGAGUGUCAUCUUGUCGUGAAGGUGAGGGGAGGGGCGAGUCUUGAGAAGCAUGUUGACUAUGCCGUCGGUAGCUUGGAGCGCCCCAUGACGAAUGAACAGCUAACAGCAAAGUUCGUUGAUCAGUGUGUUGGGAUUCUGGGAGAAGAGCGGACUGACAAGGCGAGUCAGUGGUGUUGGAAUUUAGAGCACCAGGCUGACAUGGGUCGAGUCGAGGGCAUGCUGUAG